GCGGGACAAGCACCCGUGUGCAGCGCGGGUCAUCCCGUGUCGGGUUCUUACCGAGCCAAGUGAAACCUCCCACAGAUGUUCCACUGGAUUUAACGAAAGAAACGUUUGACUCUGUGGAGGAUGUGCAAACAUUCACACUUCAACCAUCGCAAUUGGCUGUGGUAAUUGCUUCCUACGAUAAGACAAUUGGUAGGCUUCAUAAAAUAGAUUUGUCUCUAAAGUGAUUAGCGUGUUUAGGGUUUAAAAUGCAAGUCUGUGUAAAAGUGUUUUUCUGUAGCUUUUCGGUAAAUGAUGGCACAGUUUGAUGUUCAUAAACCCGUCAACCCCUAAGAGUGACAUCUAAUUUCUUUUUACUGUAUCGCCCUUGAAUGAAAUGAAUAGGUCAUGAGUACAAAAGGAAAUGAUCACCAAUUUAGGAAGCUCCUGAUUGGCAAACAAAUUCUCCUUACCAGUACCAUAGGAAAUGCUAAGAGAACAGAGAGUUGAAUAUGUAUGAUCAUGUGAAGGAGUAAAGGGUUAUCUUAAUCACCAUCUUGUGAACAAUAUUACACGGAAGUACUCUCACACACAAGAGAUUUAUCCGCAGAUUUAAAAGUUGAAAGCAGGAUAAACAGCACCACAAAAAAAUUAUUUUCCAGAAGCUUUGAUAUAUGAGAUCAUUCGAGAGGGUUUUAUCAACAGGCUUAAAAGCCAGAGCCACCCGGAGCGGCAGCUGAGUGGAAUUGUUAACUUUAUGUUUGUUCUUCACAGAAAUGUUACAGUUUCGCAAACAGAAGAGUCUGGCUGCCCAAGCUAUGCACGAACUGGGUAACAUAAUGUUUCACAGUGGGAAUAUUAGGUUUGUACUUGACUGCGAUUGAUGAGUUGUUCUAGUCAUUGUCAUUAUUUUCAGGCAUAUUCAUGAUUGUAGACUGUACUUUCCACUUGUUGCAUCUUUGUCGGUGCUCUACAACCGAUAUAUUUCACUUAGACUUUGAUUGGUAUUGUUUAAUUGAAAGACGUGUUUAGUAACAACGAUAAUAAUUUUGGUUAUUGUCACAGUGAUAACUAUAAUUCUAGUGAUGAUAAUUGUAAAAGUGAUAGUUAUGAUAAUAUAUUUAUGAUAAUGAUAAUGAUAAUAGUGGUGAUAAUUUCAGUGGUAGCGUUUACCUUGGCUCUGAAAAACAAUUUAGGAUAUGUAAAAUUGCUAGAAUCCUAGAAUCCAGAAAUCCACUCUGACAGAAAUAGCGCAUAUUCUGAGAAAUUUCUCGCCCAUCAAGUGAUGUAAAGGAAACUCCUCUAGCGCCUUAAAAUCAUGGUUUUAUCUCGGCCAUAAAUGACGGAAGAAUGAAAGACUUUGCCCGACUUUAAUCACUUGCCCUUGGUGCAAAUUAUAUUACAUUGAUGAAUGAAAUAAAUUAGCAAAAAUUCAAUCACAAACUUCUUGAAAAGAUUAGCCUUCAUUGAAACAUUUUUUUAAAAUGUACAGAAAAUGUCUGCGUGACUAUCGUGGAAAACUGCUUGUUCAGAAAAAUAAAACAAGCUAUUUUUUCUCUUUUUACGAACCCAACACAGGGCUGCAUACAAGUGGUGGGCGGAGUCUCUAGACACGAUCCUCAACACAGCGGAUUCGCUCAAAACGUGGCGUGAAUUGACGUCAUCAUCUGAUACAUCACUCAAGCCCGGUGCUGCUCUUCUUCAGAGAUGUGGGCUAUGGGGAUGUCUUUUAGGGGUGUUUUGGCCGCUAAUAUCGCACAGUAAGUCAAUAAGAAGGCGUAAUAAACUCCUAAGUAGCUUUUACCCUUUUCUACCCAACACCAGAAGGCGUAUUCUCCAUACUGUUCUCUGUAUAUUUCCUAAGGUGCUGACAAGGAGAAUUUGUUUGACAAUAAAGAGCUUCUGAUGGUGAUCAUUUCAUUUAUCCUUAUAACCUAAAUGUUUGAUGUAGCCAAAAAACUGUCGAGAGAAAUUUUGGUGCCAUCACUCUCAGGGGUGAAAGGAUUAAGCAAUGGUUUUUUAAUGCGUUCGCCUUAUACUUGAGUAGACCCCGGAAACAAUUCGUGUCUUUAUAUUGUUAUUUCCCUUCUUAUCAUUCUCUACGUCGGUUCCAUGAAGUCUGAUUUUCUCUUCUUUUAUUCUACAGAUACAUUCACACAUCUAACCUUGGUCUCCGAUUAGAAUGUUGUCUUCUUUCCGCGACAUUCUUCAAGGUAAGUGAAGCUUUAUCCUCGUUGUUUCCUCUUGUAGACUUCUGUUUGCAUUUUCAUGACGUUUUCAAUUCUUUUUAGGCGUUGUUCUGUUCUUCGCUACCCCACCCCACAGCGGACAAAGACUAUGCUUUAUACGAGGUAGGGGCUGGGUGUGAGGUGGCCGAACUGAUACCUGGGAUAGAUCUUCUGUCCGACGCUUUUAGAAGUAAUGGACGGUCAGUUCUGGCCGCGCUUAGAUGGAUCACAGAGGAACUGGCUCGAGCAAGAUACCUCAUAACGGUGAGAGAGCUAUAGCAGAAAAUUAUUUCCUUUAAACAGGAGCCGCAGUAGUCUUACCCGAAAUUGUUAUUACGCUUUGCUUUGGAGCGAGAGGUUUGGGUUCGAAUUCUGACCUGAUCACUGUGUUUUAAAUGUGUUAUGGUUGGCCUUUAGGAAAAUUGACGAAAUGAUAAUGAGGAAGGGGGGAGGGGGGAGGUGGAGUGAUGGCUUGCCAUCGACUACCAACCUAUCUUGAAGGUGUGCCGAUAUUCCUAGUUAUUUGGGUUAGCUUACAAUUACUGUAAGGAAACCGGGAUAAGCUCUAAUAGCUGUUCGAGUCGUUCUCUUUUGCUUUCAAAGAAAUGCUGUUUGCUUUCUCUGAAGUGUGUCGCUAUAUUAAUUGAAUGUUGUUUUGCUUCUAUUUUUCGCCAGGUUCUUCCAUUGAUCACACUGUGUUUGUACUUCUCCACACAUGUGGCACGUGACCUGCAACGAUCUGUGGAUAUAAGAAUUCUAAGGGUGAGAAUCUGCCUUAUGUUGUUCGUGUGAGGAAUUUUGAAUAACUAAAAGGACUGUUUAAAGCACCAUUUUAUCACUUUUUUUACCGAGAUGGAAUCAGAUGAUAUGGCUUGUCAUUUGUUUACCAAAGUAAUGAAGGACAGUGUAGAUUAUUACUAAGAAGCGUGAUACUUUUUUAACUAUUUAAGAACGACCCUUCCUACUGAUUGUAUGCGCUUUAUUCGAGGGCGGCGUUGAUUUAUCGUUUUGCGUCUAUCUGCGGCGUUCAUUCGACGAAGGCGUUUGAUCGAGUGAAUAUGAGAGGCGUAGAUAGAAAACAGGGCUUGAAGUCCUACUCAAGUUGAAAGCUGCGAUGAAGUGAUAUAGUCUCCACACCGCUGUCGCUACGGUUCUCUCUAUUGAGGUUCUGAGAUUCUAAUGCAUAACUUUUAUCUUUGUAUUCAGGUCCGUGUCCUCACCGAUCUGGAGAUGUUCUCAGAAGCAGCAAGAGUUUUGACAUCUUUACUUCGUGGAGAAAAGCUUCCCAAAGUUUCUGACGGCGGUUUUAGAACAGUAGAAAGCAAAACGGUAUUUUCUUGUUGUCUGCAAGAUAACUUUGUCAGUUUGCCAUUGUAUUUACGUUCUUUGGUCUACGGAGUCGUUUGCGAUGCUAUUUCGUUUUGCUUUUGUUCACGUCAUAUAUGCAGUGCAUUGUUUGAACGUGGAACAUUUGAUUCUCCGCAGAAACCUCCGCCUGUUUUCAACAACAAGGAGUCUGUUAUGAGUGCGGGCAACUUAGCAGUAAGUGACUUGUUAUGGCAUCUUUUUUUCUUUACUCAUUGAUAUCACUAUAAGGAAUCCUUUUCUUUCACAAGAGCAGAAAGUUGCUUCUUGCAUGUAAGUGACUGGUCAGAAGAGACUUGAAUGGACAUCAAUGAUCAUAACUUUUUCCUUGACUUCAGUUAGUUGUGUUUUUUUUUUCGAUGGUUCCUUCGCCGGGCGAAAACCAUCGCAAUGAAUUUUACCAAAUCUGGUACCAUAAUAGAAGUCAGCCUUAACCCUUUACUCCCUAACAUCAGUAUGCAUAUUCUCCAUACUGUUCUCUGUACAUUUCCAACAGGCUGUCAAGGAGAAUUUGUUUAACAAUCAAGAGCUGCUUUAGUUGGUGAUCAUCUCCUCUAUUCUCGUGACUUUCAUGUUUGAUUCAGGGGUGAUAUGGUAGGGAGAAAUUAGAUGCUAGUCACUCUUAGGGGCUGAAGGGUUGAGGAAGUUCUUUUUCCAUGUGCAUCAUUCUGAUGACGCAUCAUGUGAGAUUCCCACGAUUGCCAGUGGAAAGACUAUAGACUGUUAAUGAUUCAUUACUUGACAUCUACAGAACGUAAAUCUCAAUUGACCGACUACGAACUGGCUAAUUUAAAGAGUGACUGAUCAACUAACCGACUGACUGUCUGACGUACAGACCGACUGAUAGUCUGGCUAGCUGAGUAAAUGGCUGAUCAUAGACGGACGUACAGCGUGACUGAUCAACUGACUGACUGACAGACUGACUGUCAGCCGAUUGCUGCAGUCAAUUUGAUUAUCAAUCUAGUUACAUUUUUUUAUUGCAUUUCCAGGUUUUGAACUACUUGCUGGAUCACCGUCUGCAACCGUCCUUGCUAGUACUUUACGGUCCACAACUUACUGGACAGCUCACAAUUGCCCAUGCGCAUCUGAUGAUCGCCAUCGCGGCUACAAUUUAUGCCAUACCAGCAGACUGCCACCAAGAGUAUGUACUUAUUUACAACUAGCACGUUGACACCUGACGUAUAACUGGUGUCUGAGCCGUGGAGCGUUGCCAAAUUGUGUGUUCUAACUUCGAAGUGAAUUGAACACCCAUUCAAAGAGAAGAAUACUUAUAUGCAUUAUGGAUAGCGGUACCUCUCUAAAGGUUUCCCGCAAGAAUUUCAGCCAUGUUAUUUAAUUCUUUCAGACUUACCCGUUAUCUGGAGGCUAAGGAAGAAGAGGAAGCUGCAUUGCUCGAGUUACCAGUUCCCCCUCUACCGUCCCAGUCUCCAACUGGAAAGAAAAACCCCAAGAAAAAGUCCAGCGGUAAGACGGAAAAAAGUCGAGAGAAGAGGCCUCAAAACCGGCGAGACAUUACACAGACUAGAUUUACACCUCUAUCAAAAGAGCAAUCUCCCUAUCACUGCCUCUACUCCACCCCUGUGAGGAGCUUGUAAGCCCUUGAGGAAUCCAGUUUGUUGGUUUGUGCCGCUCAGCUGGUAUGAAUACGCCCAAUUCCCUCCUUCAAAUCGCGCAACACAUAAUGUUUCUAUCUAAAGCAACUACUAAACUUGAGAUUUUUCUUCCAUUUUUUCAGAUGAAGUUAUAAGUCUUAAGAGCAGUCAAGUCGCUCAAAGACGAAAGCUGAUUGAUCCAGCGACCAUUACCCCAGAACUGAUUAAGGUAAAUUAAACGCAUUCCUACUCGCCUUUUUAUUGCAAUUCAAACAUACUGCACGAUAAGAAAUCAUUUGCUUUUUGCUCUUUUGUAAUAAUAAUGGAAUAUCAGUUUCUCUCCAACACAUUCCUACUCGCUGGUUCUUUAAAAUUCAAACAUACUGCACGAUAAGAAAUAAUUUGCUUUUUGCUCUGUUGUAACACGAAUGGAAUAUCAGUUUCUUUUUAAGUAGCUGAUGUUCAUGCUUGUUUUACAGGGUUUCUUGUUGGCUACAGCAGAAUUAAUAUUGACAAAUUUGUGUGACUCCCUGUCAGACGCUCCAGACCAAGCCAGUUUUGAAGAUGAGCGUAAGUAACUUCGGAGUUUUCAGCUUUGAUUUUCUGUUUGUUGACAUAAUCUGGUUCCAAAACGAUUUCGAAGCAUCAGUCACCGACAGUCCACAAUUUGUACAAAUUUUCUGACACCAGGAUUUAAUUAUCACUUCUCUUCACUGUAUGACAUACAUUUAUCAUAAUCUUCGCGCUGAGAAUUUAGUGUUCCAUCAAACGAUAUCCUUUGACUGAUGCUUAUCUUUGUUCUCAUGACGUCUCUUCUCGACAAUAUAUUGACAUUGUGAGGAGAAAUUACUCAUUGGUCACUCCUGGUAGCGGAAGGGUUAAAGGAGGUUCAGUGCAGUUUUACGUCUUGAAAAAUCGCAGCGAAUUUCUUCAAUUUUGUCACGCGCAAUUUGUCUAAAUGCCCUACAUUCAUGAUUACCCUUGUUUUCCUUUCUUUUUUCCUUGGUUUUUUCCCUGUAAAUGGCGUUUGCCUUCUCUAACGAAUCUUUAUUUAAAGCUUUUGUUUCAGACUUAGGAAACAACUUGAAAGACUCUUUCUUUUCUUUGACAGCGCUAAGUAUGUCCUCUGUGGAUCUGGAACAGAUUUGCCUCUCUCGACUUGAGCAGGCGGAAAUUGCCAGUCAGCGACAUCAUGCGCUAACUAGCGGUAACAUUGUGUAUGCGUGCAUGAGAGCAUUGGAAGAUGCUGCGAUUUUGAAUGAGCUGGACUUAGAGAAACGGUAAGCGGAAAACAUGUCAUCACCGAGAAUUUAACCCCUUACUUUCUAAGAUCGGGUGUUGUUUCGUGAAAGUUGUGGUAACUCUACGAACUUGAAGCCUGUUGUAAAGCUGGAUCAAACGAACAGAAGAGUGUGGCUUGAAACAUUCUGUUUUGUUUCCCUUGUUAUAGAAUUUUCUAUGGUACAGAUACAAAGGUUUUGUUAAUUUUACACUUAUCAAAAUCUCGAUCUUGAGUGUGAACACCGAUAACCACUGAGACUUAGAAAAACAAGUUCCUUAUUUUCAUAAAUUAGAUAUAAGAAUUAAGUUUAACCUUUUGCAUCUUAACAACAGAAUGCACAUUCCCUAUACUGUUUUCUCUAUAGGGUUUAAGGGCUAAAUCGAGAGAACACUCUUUUUUUUUUUUUUUUUCCUUAUCACCUAUUUGCCGUGUGAUGUAUUGACACUGUAAGGAGGCAUUACAUAAUUGUGACUUCAAGGAGUUGAAUUGUUUCUAUUUCGUUGCAGUGCUCCUUCCCUCAUGUCUAGCCAGGUCCGAUCCGCGCAUAGUACCGUCUCAGGGUGGGGUGGGGACCAUUAUUUCCAUAACCAAGCACGUUCAAGAUUGGAUGCUAGGCUGUGGCUCACCUGUAGACUGACCCUGGCUCAUGGACUCGCAGAAGAGGACAGUGGAAUGGGGAAAUUAGGGGGCUCGACAAGAAGUGUUACCAGCUCUAUUGGAACAUGCUUGCAUCAUUGUCGACAAGGUAACGUCGGGUUUGUUUUGAAGUUUUAAGAGUCGUGUGUUAGGUUUAGCUUUUCUUAGGUAGUCAUUCAUUUUUAUUUGCAGCGUUGACAUCUCCAAUCGCUUUAAAGGAACUAUUGCCAUCAUUGAUUAUCUGUCUUUACAAGUUAAGGAUUAUCUUCGAUGUUUUUUGACACUAAAGUGUUCUUGAUCAAUAGCCAUCAGGCGAAAUUUCUUUUACAAAUCCAGAUAACCAAACCUGGUGACAAGUGAUACGAGAAUAUUAUAUCAUACGAAGCAAAAGGAUCUCAUCAUAGUUUCUAUUUUAUGAAGCGACCUGGAGUAUCCUACUUUCCCCCUUUCGCAAUUUUUAUGGCAUCAUUGAAUAUCUCUUUUCAAUAUCCAUAACAGGUUUGGACGAAGCAGAAGCAUUUGGUGACAUAGAACUUAUGGCUGAACUCUCUUUGUUGAGUGUAGUCCAGAAUUUACAACAAGGAAAAAUGGGGCCUGACUUGCUGGAAACGCUAGAGGUAGAACAAAUAAAACUUAAGAGCUUUUGCAGAAACGGUGAAUAAUUCGCAUUUGACCGUAGGCAAGGAAAAUGAUUUCGCACUUCACAUUUUUUUCAUUUAAUUACAAAAUUAAAAAAAUAAGGUGACCCGCAGUUAACAGAUUUGCCAGUUGAGGCAGAUCAAUCAACUGAUCACUGAAGACUUGAUUACCACUUGAUUAUUACAUAGAUGAAGAGGUUAAAGACUAGAAAUUAAGGAAUUUAAAGAAUAACUGCAAAUAAAAACCAAUCAAUCAAUCAAUAAAUAAGUAGCGUACAAGAAAGUGGUUAAAUAGAAGUGGUAAGAAACAGACAAUUUGAUCAAUUCGAUUUCAUUUUACAGUCUUUGAACUUGAAAUAAUUUUUUCAGCAGUGAGAUAGGAAUCUUCAUUUUCCAGACUAUCCAAUAAAGAUUUCUUCGUUUCUUUUUCAACAUUUGUACCAGCUCUAGAGUUGUUUGUUUGUUCUCUUUGCAGAACGUCGUUCUCAGUCUGGAGCAGAGUCCUGCUUUGUCCUUCUCAGGGAAACAGUUAUUGGCUCUGGCGAUCGUUCAGCACGCUGAUAUCAGACCUUCGGGUCACAUAUCUUCCACCAUGUCGUAUCUUAACGACCCUCUGUCGGCGUACACAAGAGCUAUGACUUAUUUACUUGAGCAGGUAAUGAUCGGUGAUUCAAGGAAAAGAGUUUAAGUGGAAAAUUUGUCCGAGUAAAAAGUCUCUUAACCCCUUAACCCUUAAGAGUACCUAGCAUCUAAUUUCUCCUUACAAUAUCACACCCGAAGCAAACAUUAAAGUCAUGAGAAAAAAGAAAUAAUCACCGGAUGAAGAAGCUCGAUCUUGAUUGUUGGACAAAUUCUCCUUGUCAGCGCCUUAGAGAAUGUAUAGAGAACAGUAUGGAGAAUAUGCAUACUGAUGUUCCUCUGGAUUGGAUGCUAUUCCGCUUGGAUGCUAUAAGUGAGAUUUCUCUGACAACUCGAUAGUAUCCUGGGCAUAGAAAUGACCUAAUUAAGAAAAGUACUUUGCCAAAGAGUUCAUCGCUAUUUUAGUUGCACACAUCACAAAUAUUUACAGUUCUUGCUCGAAAUCUACUAACCCCGUCACUUGUAAGAUCUCAUCAGUGAUUCUCCUUACUGUCUUCCAUACAGUUCAUAUUUUGUAAUUUUGGAGAAUUUGGUAUUGGAUAAACCUAUAAUCCCCUACUUGAUAUUUUUCUUUAUUCUCGUCUCUUGUCUGCUUGAUAUUGUAUUGAUAUUGUAAAGAGAAAUUCUGUCUUGGUCACUUAUGGGAGGUUAAGGGUUCAGCACUAUUUCUCAAAACUCAAAAGUCAGAUUUUGCUGCAGGGUGCAUAUUGAUAGAACCAUUUUUGGAUCGAAUGAAUGAAAUUUCAAGAAAAUGUUAAAAAUGUCCGCAGUUUUACAAAAGAACAGAUUGAAGAAAAGACAUUUGACUUUAUUUCAUCGGAAUUGAUGCCAUUUUGUUUCAUUUUUAUAGACAUUUUCAUUCCCGUUUUUUUUUGGUUCCUAAUAGUUGACCCAGUCUGGAAGCGAUGUAAAUCUGGUGGAGACAUCUCCUGUUAGGCCUCUACAUAACAUCUAUUUCCGACAGCUUCUCCCUCUGAUUGACCUUAAACUUCGUAUCGGUCGAACUCUCACCAAACAAACCCACCUGUCUGAACAUGAUCGGGACUCGAAUGUCAUUCCAGCCGAGUGGCAGACUGCAGUCAGAGAACUGGAACUAGGGCUUGAACUGGCGAGAACCGCUGCUUGUCAGCGGAAACCUGUUGAAGCGCAACUGUUGUUGACUCUUGGUAAGUGUGCCCUUACCUUUUAAUCUUUGACUUUAAGUAUUUACGUAGUAAUCCUCAUUACACUCUUGUUUAUGAUACUUUUUGCACUUGUUUCGACCAGGUCAAGUUCAAAGGCAGAUGCUUCCGAGUGGUCAGAUAUCUCCCCGUACGGUAGUUAACACACUGGUGGAAGCUGUACAGUGCACCUUUAUUUCUGAUCACGAUCUUGGGUAAGUGUGCCCCUCCCUUGGACCCCUCCCUAUCUCUCCUUUGCUGUCCCGGAUGUAUCUGGCAGAAAAUCUUAGAUUUAAAAAAACUUCCUUUUUAUCCUCCCUUGCUUUCAUGCAAUUGUGUUUCAUUAGUUUAAUCUCCUCUAACUGUGGUGUUUUUUAUCUCUUCAGUUUAAUGAAGCACGCCUAUCUAGAGAUGGCGCUGGUCCUCAUCAGUAACGCCAACACUCUCAAGCCUCCUAAGACACCCGAGCAGCCGCCCCGACCUGCAGAGUCCCCUACCUUAGGCGCCAAGGAAGGAGGCCGGAAGAUCAGCAAGAAAGGAAGCGCCAAGGAAAAGGGAAAGAAAGAGAAAGAAACGCGGGAAAAGAACAAAGAACUGGACCAAGAAAUGAGGACAGCUUGGGCUGCUAUUCGUGCCGCGGGGGUGGUGUCUUCUGCUCAAUACAAGAUCGGGAUUCUCACAGGAGAUCCUGAAAUCACCGCAUUGAAACUCUCUGAGAAAGCUGCCAACUCAGUUCCAGGUCUCGCGCUGUUCGACCUGUUGGGUACCGAUGACGUCAUUAAAAAUUCGGAGAAUGGUGCGUUGCUUGCUCAGGAUGGAAUUGUCACCAUGGGAACCACUAUUAACAAUUCCAACCGUGUACAAAUCACCUGGCUUCAUCUCCUCGGGUAUCUUUCAGUGCUUCGCCGUCAGUGUUCGUACGCUGCCCUCGGCGUGCAUUCGGAGGACGGAGAAUUAUCCUCAAGGGGCAGCACAUCGGUCUUACCUUUGUUCAGCGCAAACAAAGCUUUGAAGCUCUCCAACAUGCAUUCGUUCCUAAAGAGCGAGCUGGGGCCGUAUGCUGCAGAGUGCUGUGGGGUAUCUCCCCCAGAGGUCUUGGUGAAUUACGGACAUGCAAACGGACCCCAGGUGAAGGUGACCCAGCCUUUACAGACUGACCUAGCAGGAGAUAAUUCAAAGAAAGCUGGUAUGUUAUUUGGGUUUUUGUAUUGUGAGAAGCUUAAUGUCACAGAGACUUUGGUCUUUCUAAGGGACCCCUCAUUAUUUAUUGUCUAGAGGAGGGUUAUAGGGUUUGGUUGAGUCACGAUAAUAUUUAACUGAUGGCUCUGUAAUAUUUUACCACCCCUCCCUCUUUAGUAGUUAAUUUGCAGUCGAUUUGAUUUAGUCCCCUCUUUAUAAACUGUUGGUGACGACUGAUCCUCCAACGGUCCCCUCCUGAAAACCAUGUAAUACCCCCCAAAAAAAUAUCCUCCACCCUCCCCUUCCCAGGCGAUAAACGAUUGCUGAUCUAAUGGUAGGCUCCUAUAUGCUUGUUUUCGUCAUAUUCUUACUGUUUUCAACCGUAAUUACUGUUUGAUUUUCUUAGAUCUUAUAGACAAGUCUACCAAAGCUAGUGACUUUGAGAUGUGUAUCCAAUGGUUUCAACCAGAGCUUGACUGUGUGUUUGUCCAAGAUCCAGCGGACUCCCAGUCAGAGCGCCACAGAGCAGUUUGUGUCUUGUACGCCUUUAACAAUAAAGCUCUUGAUCUUUCGGCGAACCCACUCGUCGGUCAAGUCAAGGCCGGGCUUUAUCACGUGAUAGAGUCUCGUGCUCAGGCCCUCCACGAAAAGCUUAUGGCCACAUUGGAAAAAGCCGAGAACGACCUGGCACCCGUGCAGAGCUCUCAAACGGGACCUGGAAAUCUUGAACAAAAUAAGGGUAAACGAUUUUUAUGAGAAGAAUAAAAUAUUUUAUUAAUACGUAGUGAAAGUAAAAGUAACUACGUAAAUUGCAUUGAUAACCCGAAGAUUAAGAAGAUUAGAAAGGUGCCUCAUGGCUUGAAAUGCUUUGAUGCCCGAAUGCUGUCCGACUAGUAACCACCCUUUCAAUAUCUCUCGGAAAUUUUCGAGAAUCAAACAGCUGUUUUCCGUCGUGCGACUUACCCUUUCAAAGGAAAGCGAUCGAUAUAUCAAAUCUCCCUUCUGGUUCCACACAUUUCUUUUGAAAUCAGUCAUGAGAACUUGGAUUCAUGCCAUAUAUCAUGACCUACCAGUUAAUAGUUAUAUUUCUCCUCACUCAAGUUCAUAAUUUUAGGAGAACACGUGUUGAUGAAUUUUAAAUUAUGUGUUUACCUCUUAGGCCGUCCGUCUAAAACGGAUCCUGCGCAAUUGAUGGUACCAGGAAAUUUGGAACAGAAACCCUCUGGGACUGGGGUUACAUCGCGUAAAAAGAAGAGCAUGGGAAUAAGGGCUCUCUCAGCUAAGCAAAGAAAGGACGAUCACAUAAGGGCCCUGCUGAGAGAGCAUCUGAGUGAAAUACGAGCCUUGUUACAACGUGAAGUGCCAGUUCCAGUUGAGGUGAACCGUGAUCAUUUUUGUCAUUGUAAUAUGGGAGGGGAUAUAUGUUUGGUCUCACGAAGACCCAGGGUACCAUUAAGAACAGUAGAAAAAUACUCGACUUUCUGCAACAAUUGUGUAGCUAUUCGUUAAUCGUCGGCCAUUCUUUCUUUUCUGUUACUCAUGUGGAUGUUUAUUUUUUGUUACAGGAAGUACCAUUUGAAGUCAAUCUCCAGAACGUGGAUUGUCUCGAAGCCAUGUUUGACCCAAGUCGCGGGAACCUUUCCAAAACAACACAGGCAUUUUAUACUUGGCUUUCAUCCCUUCUGGAAAAUUAAAUUUUGGAAUUUUUGUUUAAGUUUGUCCAGGCAGGC